CCUCCCUCCAAGUCAAGACGCUCCAAACUUUCAGAGCGCGCCGCGGAAACUUCCCCAAACACACUUCAGCCCUUAUUGCAGGGAAGUCGGAAAAGGAGACGGGGCGCGUUCGCGGAGCGGCCGAACUUAGGAGCGGAGCGCGUCGGGAAUGGAGAAGAGACGGAAUGCUCCUGCUGCCGAGCGGCGCGCGUGAGCCUGAAGGCGGCCGGUAGCGUUCGGUUGAGUUUAAAGGAAUCGCAGGAAGGACCGCGGGGAGAGGGCGUCCGUUUGUCGUCUGGGAGCUUGUUGUCACACCGACACCGGCACCGGCACCGGCACCAUGGUGCGUCUGCCGGGACCGAGCUGGGUCUGGCUGAGCGCUGUCCUGCACACGGUGGCACCCUGGGGCGCAGACCGAGCGGGCAGACCGAGGCAAUGCGACGCCCCACAGUCGCAAAGCGACAUGAACUCCUUUCUCUGGAGAAUAAAUCGUCCGCCUCCUCACCCGCCCUCCUACCUAUUUGGUACCAUUCACGUUCCCUACACACGAGUCUGGGAUUUCAUCCCCGACAGCUCCAAGCGGGCUUUCCACAGCAGCCCCAAUGUUUUCUUUGAGCUGGACCUCACCGACCCGCUGACCAUCUCCAAGCUCACCAGCUGCCAGCUGCUGCCUCACGGGGAGAAUCUGCAGACGCUGCUCCCGCGAGACCUGUACCGGCGCCUCAAACGCCACCUGGACUACGUCAAGCACAUGAUGCCCCAUUGGAUGACGGCCGACCAGCGUGGGCGUGGCCUGUACGCGGAUUACCUGUUCAACGCCAUCGCUGGGAACUGGGAGAGGAAGCGGCCCGUGUGGGUGAUGCUGAUGGUCAACUCGCUGACGGAGUGGGACGUCCGGUCCAGAGGGACGCCGGUGCUGGAUCUGUUCCUGGCUCAGGAGGCUGAAAAGCGGGGGAAGACGACCGGGGCAGUGGAGCGGGUGGAGGAGCAAUGUCACCCCCUGAACGGGCUCAACUUUUCACAGGUGCUGUUCGCUCUGAACCAAACGCUGCUGCAGCACGAGGGCGUUCGAGCAGGCAGCCUGCAGGGCUCCUACACCACCGAGGACCUCAUCACGCACUACAACUGUGGAGACCUGAGCUCCAUCAUCUUCAACCAUGACACCUCGCAGCUUCCUCACUUCAUCAACAGCUCGCUGCCGGCCCACGACCGUACGACGGCGCUGCAGAUUGACAGCUACUUUCGCCAGGAGCUCAUCUAUAAACGCAAUGAGCGAAUGGCCCGGCGUGUCUCGGCCCUGCUGCACAGGAGUCCCAACCAGACCUACUUCUUCGCCUUUGGUGCAGGCCACUUCCUGGGGAACCACAGUGUGCUGGACAUCCUCAGACAGGAAGGCUACCAGAUUGUGCACAUGCCCUCUGAUCACCAAGAACCUGUCGCCGUAAAUAAAGCAGCUGAGGAGCCUGCAGUCGGACCCGGCGAGGACGGACCCGGCGAGGACGGACCCGGCGAGGACGGACCCGGCCCCACGGCCCCUCCCGCCGCCUGGCCCACCGGCCCGCCGGAGCCGGAGCUGGAGGCGGGGGAGGCGGGGGAGGCGGGGAGCGACCUCCAGGAGGAGGAGCUGCCCCACAUGCUGCUCCCCGACAGCCUGAGCCAGCUGGAGGAGUUCGGCCGGCACAAGAGGCCCCGCAAGGCCCCCCACGGUCACGGGAGGCCGCGGCUCUUCAGCGACCUGUGGGUGCGCAUCGGGGACAGCACCUCCGCACCACCCAAUAUACGGAUAAUCAACGGCUACGUGACGGUGGAGCCUCCGCUGACCCAUCAGGAGCAGCGCAGGCGGACGGAGACGCAGGCCGGCGAGCGGCGGCCCACCCCCCCCUCCUCCAGCCAGAAGCCCACCUCCGCUCAACCCGCCUCGGCCCGCGGUGCACGCUGCCUGUGCUGCCUCCUGGCCUGGGCCUUGUCACACGUGCUCCUGCUCCCCACCUGCUGACCACGAGACGGGCGUGACCUCUGAGGAGGCUGUCGGCCUGGACCACACGGAGGCCAAGGAAAACCUCAGUGUGUGGAAUAAGCUCUGAGCCACGGAACAAACACUGACUGGAUUGUGUUGGACUGUAAACAGCAGAGUGCUCAGACCCCAUGAAAGUAUUAUGAUAUAAUAACAGACACCUAGCACAAAGAAGACCUGUAUUUCUGUUGGAGUUUUCCACCUAAUGGAAAUUGUAAUUUUGUAUAGAAUGUGACUGACCCUAAUACAAAUACUAGAACAUACUAAUAACAGUUAUAAGUCUGUGAGAACCGAGUUCAUGUAUGCAGUCGAGCAGUGCUGUGUUGAGGUGGAGCACCUGGUUCCACUUUGUAAAUUGUGCAUUUUGUUCAUAAAGAAAUAUUGUAUAUUUAUUAUUUCUGGAAGAAAGAAUAUAUUUUCUUGCAUUUUGAAGAUAAAUGAAUAAAUAAAACCUGAAAACUAA